CCGCAUGGUCAGGUGACGUCAUGAUGAUAUAUUAUAUUAAUCAAAAUAUGAGAUAGUUUAACACAAUCAAUUAUCGUCUUUUUUUAAUAACAGCGCAUCUGUAAGUGUUAAGUGACGCCGGAAGGUGGCAGCGAUGUAUAACAUCAUAAACUCUCAGCGAAGAAGAAAAAGCGUUGCCAGCUGCUGAUGUACCUUGGUGACCGUGACAAACCCGAAGGGGUUGCUCUUCUAGAAAUUAAUAAAAAAAAUAUUUUUAUUGGGAGAAAAAUGGACGAGACAAAAGUAAGAGUGUCGGUCAAAUGUGUGCCUGAAAGACUGACACUGGGCAUCACGCGAAUCCUUGAGAACAUGCCUGGUGUUGCCGAUGUGCGCCUUGCAGAGAGGGAGCCUGGAGAAAAAAGGAGUCUGCUCUCAUGGGAACAGAAAAACAAUUGCAUUCUACCAGAGGACCUACGAGAUUUUUAUCUGACAACAGAUGGCUUUACACUUACUUGGAGCGUCAAACUAGACGAUGAAUGUGUUCCCUUAGGAUGCAUGACAAUUAACAGUGUGGGAAGGUUGCAGCCUCUUCUCCAGCCAACACAAUUUUUCUCUCUGCCAAAUGCACCAUCAUUGGCUGACCUAGACUGGGAGGAGGGCAGUGCAGAAUGUGGGUCAGAAAAUACUCCCACUCCUCCACAUUUUGAUUCUCGGAGCCGCAUCUUUGAGUUGGAUUCAUGUGGCGGGAAUGGCCAAGUGUGCUUGGUAUACAAAAACACCACCCCAGGUGUGGUCGCCCAGCAGAAUGAAAUUUGGUUUCUGGACCGCUCGCUUAGCUGGCAUUUCUUAACCGCAACCUUCUCCUCUUACUACCGCCUCAUGAUCACACACCUGGGCCUGCCCGAGUGGCAGUAUUUUUUUACACCUUAUGGCCCCAGUCCGCAAGCCAAGUGGUCAUCGCUAUACCAGCCGCUGACCUUCAGAAGUGAGCUCAGCCUCACUCCUUCUGCCGGAGACGUUCACGUCAACAAGAUUGAUCCCACAAAGGCUUUUAAAGCCAAAGCCAAGGUACCCACGCCUAAGAAGAAGCCGUCCGCACCGUCCAGCCAAGCGAGCAAUAGCAAAAGCCCCGGCAGCAGUGGAAGACCGGGCACAGCGAAGCGAUAAAACCGGAUUUGUUUGAUGAUAUUUCAAGCAGCUCUCGGACAGUACUUGACAACUGAGGCUCUGUCACGAGUGUCCAUCAAACUUCAUUUAAGAAAGUCACAAGCAAUGACCGUCUUUAAAAUCAGUGAAUUUCAUUUUGCGUAUUCAUACAAAGCUUGAUCUUAUGAUCUACCAUGCCAGAUAUAGAAUAAAUUAACUAUGCAUAAA